AUAUCUUUGUCUGUCUCGAAGGAACGCGAACUUUAUUGAUCUUUUAUGUUGAUUUUUUACGACUAGACGUAAUUCAAUUUUCAGACGGUUUUCCCUAACUAGCGUCCAGAGCUAUCUAUAUGAUCGUGCUUCAUACGUAUCUCAAAAUUUAUAAAUUAUUUUAACUCCUACUUGAAAAUAUCCUAAAACUAUCAAAUACUUCUUAUUUUUAAACAUGAUACACGUUGUGGGAUUACUUAAUAUUUCGUUUUUUAUGAUGAACAAUGAAAAAGUAUAUAAAUUAUAACAAUCACAGGUUUUAAACAUUAUUCAACCUUUAAAAUAUCUCCCACUGUCAUAGAAGAGAGACAAAAAUUUUGGAAUGAAUUAUUUCUUAAAUAUUCAGAAAGAGAAUCUGAUGAAACUGAGUUGGAUAUCUUUACAUUAAAACCAUGUCGAAAAGAAUUCUAUGAGGAGGAGAAAACAAAAGUAGAAACGAUAAAGCAGCCUAUGUGUAAACCAUUAAGUGUGGUACAAUAUUGGGUAAAUACAGGUUAUCUACCUUAUAAAGAACUUUAUGUACAUAAAGACAAACAAUCGAAUAUUGAAUUAUCUUUGACAAGCGAAGAAUAUAUAAGUUCAUCGGAUCAUAAGUCUUCUAGUAGUUCUGUUGAUACCGCUGCUUAUAUUUUAUCAAAUAUGAACACAACUAAUAAAGUAGAAACAAUGGCUAUUGUAGAGGGAGCAAAAUAUAAUUCAAUAGGAAAUUUUCAAAUGACACAAGAUAUCGAUGUAAUACAAAAUAAAACAUGUGAAGAGAAUAACGGAGACACUAAUGAAAAUAUAUUGGAGGCUAAUGAUAGUGAUGAACAGCAAUAUUCUCCUAAGAUUUGUGAAAUGUCAAAUCAUAUGUUAUCACAAAAGGAUACAGAUGAGGAGGAAUAUACGACACAAGCACAAAGAAAUACAUAUGCAGAUGUUGCUACAGAUAUGUUGUCAGGGACAACUAAUAGACAUGAGGAGCUAAUACGUACAUUUCAUGAUAGUAUUAAUAGAAAUUCUUACAUUAAACAAAAUUUAUCAAAUACGAAAUCACCAUAUGUCAAUCAAACUUGCUGGACAGAAGAAAGCUUUAAGUUCGAGGAUAGUCCCACAAAAAUAGGACAUCGGAAGAAAUUAUAUACUGGUAGAGAUUCACCUGUUGAUCUUAUUAGCAUGAAAAGUCAUAACAGACAUACAAUAUCUAAUUCAAAACAAAAUUUACAUCCUGCAUUAGAUCUUGAAUGUAAGUUAUCAAAAAAAUUAAAAAUUCGUAAGAAAAGAAGAAUAAGUUGCUUUUCCACAUAUAAUAAACUAAUGAAUAAUAGCCAAUUUAGUAUUUCUAAUCAUAAGAAACGUAAACGGAAGAAAAGUAUACCAAAAUUGAAGACUAUAAAUGACUACAUUACAAAGAAUUCAGUAAUAGACCAACAUUUAAAAAAAAGUGGCACUGAUAAAUAUGUAAAUAGAUCUCUAUCAGCUAAUGUAUCUAUAAAUAAACAAACCGAAUUUAAAUUAGAAGAAUUACAAAGUUUAAAUCCAGUAGUUUGUUUAACACGAUUAUCAAAAGAUGAUAUUGCAAAAUAUAAAAGAUCAAAGAAGAUAAUAAAAAGUAUUAACAAUCUAAGUACAAUUGAAUUAUCAGGACUUAGUAAUCAACGACGUAGACGAUUAAAUAAAAUGACAAAUAUGAAACACUUAGUUGUUCGUUUAUCACGUUUGUCAAAACGCGAUAUUGAAAAAUAUAAGAGGCUAAGUAAUGUGGCAUUAAACCUAAAUUCAAAGGUUCGUUUAAAACAAUCAUCAGAGGUCGAAAUUCAAAAGUAUACAAAAUCUACUAACACUAUGAACAAUUUUAGAAAUUUAAAUCCAGUGGUUUUAUUAAAAAGACUGUCAAACUUUGAUAUUCAAAAAUAUAAAAGUGCCAAUAAUAAAAGUACAUUAGGUACACAACUUGAUAAAUUAAUGUAUAUGACUUCUAUGUUACAUGCUGUUGCAGUAACUGAAGACACAGUUAGUGACCAAACUACUGUUUUGCUUUGUAAGUGUGAUAAUACGUCACUCGACGACUGCAUUACAGAUAAUGUAUCUAUAUUUUCAAAAAAUAGUUCUCAACCCCAUUCUAUUCCUAUAAAAACUCGUAUUAAUCAAAUGUUACAAAUAAAAGAAAAAUUUCAUGAAAAAGGAGAAGAAUUAAAUAGCGAAAUAUGUAAUAAAAAAAUAGGUAUGACAAAAACGCGUGCUAAAAAUAAAAUAGAAGGAGUAAAUGAUAAAAGUCAAUUAAAUCUUAGUACCAAUAAAAGCAAUCCUAAGAAUAAGCGUGAUUUAAGAAAGAGACAAUUUACAAAGCUACAUAGUAUAAAUAAUUCUUUUGAGACUAAUUCGGAAACUUCAAGUAUAAAAAAAGAUGAUAUAGCACCAUCUUUGAAAAAAUCAGAUGUAGUUUUUGAAAGAAGUAAUGGAUGUAUGAAUAAAAAUAGAAAGAAAUCACAUAUCUCGUUUUCCUCUGAUGAAGAUAAUGAAUUUAUGAAACUUGUACAUUGUUCAGAAGAUACGCAAAAAUUAAAACUAAGACAAUAUUAUAAAGUAUUGAAUGAAAAGUUCAAUAGUACAGUAGAUAAAUUAGAAGAAACAAGGAAUAGUAUAAUAAAAUUUACAGUUUCAAGUAUGAAUUCAACUAGUUUAUCAAGUAAGUUACUUUCAGACUCUAUAAUUAAUGAUGGUAGGUUUAAAAAAAAAGAAAAUUUAAGCCCAAUGAAAAAUGAGGAGUGUUCGUAACAAUGUAAUUUAUUGGUGGAAGAAGAUUGUAAUCGAAAGUUACGUAAAACAGGAACUGAAAUUGAAAAUUUAAAUUAUUAUCCAAGACGAGUGUUACAGGGAACAAAAGCAAAUCUUUAUGUCUUAAAACAAAAAUUUUUGACCUUGAACCAUUGACCUAAUAAUUUAUUUUGAGAUGACAAAGAAUAACCUAAUAGAAAGUAAUUUAUAGUUAUUAUAUUCUUUAAAAAAAAAAAAAAGAU